UAAACUGAUAAAGAGUUGAGCCCAAGACUGUGCGCUUCAACGAGUCCUGACUGACAUCCAGGACACUGGCAAACCAUAUCAACACGUUUCUUUUUUUCCUUAAAAAAAAAAACAAAACUAAACAAAACAUUUUCUUCAAGAUGUAUUCCUCGUCAGUCCUUCUUUUCCUCUCCAUAUUCGUCUUCUAUGCGUCCGGUUCGCCCGCGCUGGAGCACGUGUACCGGGACGUGGUGAGCGCGGUGGCACCGGGGGAGCAGCAUCUGUCCCGGACAGCCGUGCGCGCCGUCUUUAAUACACUGGAGAACCGUGUGCAGUGUGGCGAAGUGUCGUGUGAAAAGUGCAGUCCAGCAGAUGCCGUUGACCAGCUGAUAACCACACACCAUGAGGAUAACACAGGACACGGUUUGUACAUAAGUGUACAAGACUUCAGUUUUGUGGCAAGUGGCAGCGUCCUUUACCUCAGCUCUCCAGGACCGGUUUGUUCAGCGAUAAAACAAGGAACGUGGAAAGAGGAGACCGAGCAUUUCCUCCAUGAGACUGAUGUUCAUACAGUGGAGAUGCUGCUGCAGAGUCUCCACUACAGGCCUAAGGAGAGCCAGAGCUGCAUUGGGGCAGGUGACCUCAUAGGUGGACAUGAGGAUGGUGACAUCGUGGUUGUUUUGGGCCGUAUCCUGUUCCACACUCUGGAGGGGCACUGCUUUGCAAGUACCGCUCUGCCAAAUGAGAGCUUCUUCAUAAAUAGCAUCAUGGAGCGACUGGGGUCAAAUAACUUCACUGUGGAAGAGUUGAAAUUUCUCAUGAAGAGUCUGCAGCUGGGACCAGACUCAGGGGAUGGACACAGUCACGGUGAUGAACAUGACGACCAUGACCACUCUGACCACGGGAGAAAGAGGAGGAGCACACAGAGGAAGAGGGGUGCACUACAACACACAGGAACGAGUGGAACCAACAGCUCAUGGGAUGAGCAUUGCUUCUCUGCUGAGGAGUUGAUGCAGAUCUACGGUCUCAUAAACAGCAGCUCUGAGGCCGGAUCAGACCUUGCUCGGCUCAGUCCAGCUCUGGUCCAGCAGGUCCUGAGUGGAGCCUGUUAUGGGACCACCAAACCUGUCAACCCUGAUGGUCUCAGCCAAACUGAACGAUACCUCUAUGCGACUCUGGCCAAUGUGGUGAUCACCCUCUUUGCCAUGUUUGGGAUCGUGGUCCUGGUCUUCACCUCUUGCACCACCGUCUUCCAGCUCUGUAUUCAGUUCUGCAUCAGUAUGGCUGUGGGGUCCCUCACUGGAGAUGCACUGCUCCAUCUACUGCCAAUGUUCCUUGGUCUCCACAUACACGCAGAGGAGAGCAGCAAUGACCAUGUGCACUCGGUCGGCGCACCUCCAGAUUAUUUUCUGAAAAUGUUGGUGGUGAUGGCUGGAAUCUACUACUUCUACCUCAUGGAGACACUCUUCUCUCUCAUCUCGCACAAAAACAAAAAACACCAACAUACACAUCAUCACGGGGAUGAAUCUGACCCACACCACUGUGACCAUGGAAGAGUUUUAGAAAUGUAUCAACAAGAAAAGAAACAAAAAGAAAAGAUUCAGUCAGUGUCAAAAGUAGAUCUGGUUACCUAUGAGGAGGAAAAACCUAAGAAGGAGCGCACACAAGAGCAGCGGCUUCUGCCAUAUAUGAUUACUAUUGGAGACAGUAUCCAUAACUUUGCUGACGGGCUGGCGAUGGGAGCAGCCUUCUCUGUGUCGUGGAAGUCUGGUUUAGCCACAUCCAUUGCUGUCCUGUGCCACGAACUACCUCAUGAACUGGGAGACUUUGCCAUCCUGCUGCAUAGUGGUGUCUCCAUUCGCAGAGCGCUGCUGCUGAACGUGCUCAGUGCUCUGACCUCCUUCUUUGGUCUUUACAUCGCUCUGUCUGUGGCCACUGAUGUGAGCACGCAGCAGUGGAUCGCAGCGGUGACUGCAGGGCUCUUCCUGUACGUGGGGCUAGCUGACAUGCUCCCCACACUGGUGCACAUCGACAGCAGGAGGCCUUGGAUGGUGUUUCUACUGCAGAACCUGGGCCUCCUGACUGGCUGGGCCAUCCUGAUCCUGCUGUCUCUCUAUGAGGACCAAAUCAGGCUUUAAACAAAGGAUCAAUAGAUAUUUUUUAAAUUUAAAUCUGACGACACAUCACUUGUUACUUCUUGGACAUUGCAGAGUUUAAAAGAAAACAACUUGUAAAACAACAAGACUAUCCCCAGAUAAUGUUAUCUGCUGUUAUGUGGAGACACCAGUGCCUUCGUAGAAAACACCUGGACAUGGCUGGGAAUUAGGCUAUUGUUUUAUAUGUUGGGGUUUUAAACACCAGAUAUUUUACAUUUUCAUUAGAAAUAUUUUGUGAUUUUGCGACUGCGCAGUUGGUGAAUUUCAUGAGCUAAAGAUUUCUUCUGAAUUGUAUUUUAAAGUUGAGCUUGUUUAUAAAUGUGUACUGAAAAAUAUGUUGGCCCCACAGCAGAAUCAUUUAUAGAAAGCAAUGACCCAGUGUAAAUAGUUUGUUUAUUGGUAUUAUUUUGUUUGUGGUUUUAUAAAGUAGUUAUGGUUAAGGUACACUUUCUUGUCCCUGUGACAAAAGUCUUUUGCAUUUGACCCAUUCUUCAAUGCCACUGAUACAAUGUGUCAAGAGCAGUGGGUGCCACAGUGCAGGGACCCAUCUCUAAAUCAUGAGCUAGGUCAGAGCCACCUUAGCUGGAAGACUUUACAUUUUGGGUUGACCGGAGUACCCAGAGGAAACCCACUCAGAUACAGGAAGAAACAUGCAAACUGCACUCAGAAAGCUCUGGGCAUCCCGGGAAGCGAAAGCAGUAAUUUGCUACUAAUUUUAACACAUCUUCCUGGUUGUCCUCUGUAUAUGACAGAUUAAACUGAUUGACUCCUCUU